AUGGCCAAUAUCGAGAACUCAAACACGGGGCUAACUGAAAAUCAUGCAGAAGAGGAACAUGUUAAUGCGCUGUUGAAUUCAUCCAAUGUAUCCGAAGAACAUUCUGCAGUCGCAGCUUGCGCUCUCAAGACUUCGAGUUCACCUCCAUUGAUUUCACCUACGAACUCAUCAACUCAAUCUCGCACUCAACUGGCUCUUCCUGCUUCAGAUUCGUCAUUAGCUGCCCCACAUCCAAAGAAAUUUACUUCUGUCAACAUCAACAAGAAGUUCCUGCAGAAGAAUUCGUCCUCCUCAGGGUCUGCUACCACGUCAUCGAACCACGUACCUGUCGUCAAGUCUGGUAGUCCAGCUCCCGUCCGGCCUGUGGCUCCACCAAUAAGCACGCAUUCGCGGCUCGUGACCACCAAGCUUACAGCAGCGCCUGUUUCAUCAACUACAACUGGUCCAGGUUGGUCGCGUCCACCAUCCGCGGCACCUCCAGUCUCUUCAACACCAUCAACUUCAUCCAAUGGACCCCCUCCACAGCCUCUUCCACAUGCCGCUGCACCAGCGCCCGUUUCCAUUCCAGCUGCCCCACAGCUUCCCGUCGCCGGCAAAGUUAUUCAGCCACACCCACGAGCUAUCCCAUCGACUUCGUCCGCCACGGGGAAGAAGGAUACUACGUCCAAACCGGCUUGGGGGCAUCUGAAAGUCAUGGCACCAGUCCUGUUGCCGGACAGUGCGGGCCCCUCAGACUUUCCUACGGCUGCCGAAGUUGCUCAUGGCCGACCAUCACCCAAGGUCACUGAAUCACAGAAGCCCUCUGAUGCUCCUCAUUCAAAAAGUGUGACACUAGAAGAAGCUGAUGCAUUUCGAGGAGUUCACCUUGAUCCAAACGCCCACCACUGGGAUGAGAUGGAAGAAGAUGAUGACCAUUUUCUGGACGGAGUCAUCGAAUUUGGUGACGGAAGACAGUACAAGAUAUCACCGGCUGAAGCUAGUGCGCAAAAUGUAUCAUCACCCGACCCAGCUACGGAUACAGUCGAGCCCCAUCCAGAGAUUGUUGACAGCGGCAAAGCACCUGUUAGUAAAGAGGAUCGUUUUGCGGACGACUUUGACCGGAGGUGGCCACGAUCAAGGCCCUCUCCAUCGUUCGUGCACAAGGAUCUACCACGUGCUUCUCGACAUCCGUCAAUGUCCCCUGUGUCUUCGCAUCCUAGCUACUCGCCUUCGGAAGGUUCGAGAGUCCUUUUCAAUGAACGCUCAAACAGACUUGAGCCAUAUAGUUCUCAUCCAAAUACCCGUCAUCUCCCUGGGGCUCCGAUUUCUAGGAGAGGCUCUCAUAUAGAGCAUAUUCCACCAGUGGACAUGCGUAGUGGACGAGAUGGACCAAUGCGGUCACCUGUACAACCAGUGCAAUUACUCCAAAAACCUGCGGGUAACUAUGAUCGCUCAUCGCGCACAUCGAGAAACGGUCCUGGUCCCCAUGUCCCUUUCGGCAGGACUCGUGACGGUUUACCCUCUCUCUCAAUGAAUGGGCCGCCAAACUGGGACGGGCUUCCAUCCGUUUCUCCUAUCGAGAAGCACGAAAUCAUGCUUGAUAGCAGAGGUCGUCGUUUGUCGAACAUGGGCCCUCCACCAUUGCCGUCAUUGAAGCGUGAUGCCACUCGGCAGCGUCCACCUCAUAUUUCAACCGCUCCGCCUGGAAAGCUUUUUGCCAGAGAUUCACAUCAACCUUCGUCUGCUUCUCAACAACAUUUCGAUUCGCCCACUACAACUCAUGGGGGUAGUGUCGUUGGUCAGUCACCCUUAUUGUCUACUAUUUCGGUGACCUCCGAAACUGCUGCCCCAUUCAUGACUCCUACGCUGAGCAUUGAAGACGCUCACAAGACGGCCAUGCACAUCUCAGCUGAGCGCGCAAAACAGCGACGACAGGUGGAAGAAGAGGAGCGGGAGAAAGAGAAAGAACGUGCCCGACAGAAGGCAGCUGCGUUGGAAGAGAAAUUCAAGGCACACGAAGAGAAGAAGAAUGCUCAAGUGGGUAUUUGUGACGUGGCUAGCAUCCCACACGGCUCAUUCCAUUUGCAGGAAGCGGAAGCCGUGAAACUGAUACAAGAGGUUGCGGAAGCAGCUUCACAGCAAGCGCUGCAGCUCGAUGCCUCGGCACAACGUCCAACACCUGUCAGGCCGAUAGGGCGACCACCUUCUUUAAGAGCAUCUGUCAGACCGCCGAUGAUUUCGAGGCCGAUUGUGCCCUCAAAUGUAGAACAAUCUCACGAUUCCUCGAAAACGGAUUCCUGGAGAAGCAAAGCUCCACCUCCAUCGUCGCCACCAGCGCCUCGAGACACGCCUGUACAGCCCCGUGCACCUGCGCCGUUGCUUAGGGUAGAAGAGUUUAUUACCGUUUCUGCAGAUGAGGAUCUCGAGGUGGUGGACUUCUCUGAUAUGGGUAAAUUCGUUGGUGCUCCAGCGGCCCCGCAAACCGAGGCACCACACGAAGGCAAUGAAAGACCGUUCCGUCCCCCUCGGCCUGUCGCAAGUGACUUCUUUGAAGACUCGGAGCCUCAGACACUUCCUCCUCAUCCGAAGUCUCCAAAUGUGUGGCGUCGCAAAACACCCACUGAGCUUGUUGGCGAUGUUUCGACUCCAUCCGCAUCGACGAACCAAGAAAUUCCAAAGGAGACUGUGGAAAAACCGUCACAGGAUACUCCAGUGAGCGUUCCGAGUCCGGAAUCGCUACAGGAGGCAGUGGCGCGUAUAUCACCUUCGAAGAGUUCCUCUACUGCGGAUGGCUUAGCGACAUAUUCGUCUAACCACACGACGUUGCCCACAUCUCCGCAACGCUUAACUCGCCCGACUUACCGCGUGCGAAUGUCUGCUCUCGAUGAUGUGAUGUCUCGCAUCAGGGGAGCUUUGGAUGACAUGAAAGAGACGGAAUCUGCAAAACAGGCCAUCAAGGAGACUGUAGAUGCGCCGCCCGACCCAAAUAUCGCUCCAUCUCAGGGCAAUGCUAAUGGUCGGGGUUAUUCAGGUGCACCUAAAUGGCUUCCUCCUGCACUGAGGCCACGUCGUGUCGAAUUUGGGGAAGAACACGAAGUCUUCGACGUCACUGGCUGCGAACCACCAUGUUCGCCUCGACUGACUGCUGUGGUCUGCCUCCCUAGCCAAUCACGUCCCUUGGAUCCUAUUCCUAAACGGCAAGCCCGUUUUUUGAAGAAUGUGCGUUCACAGUUUCGAUGGGAUAUAAUGUCUUGGGAUCCACCGGUCGAGGGCAUGAGCAAGAAAGACUUCUCCUUGAAUGAUGUGCUCCACAAGAGCUAUUUGUCUCCCAGGGGCAAACCCAGGUUUCGCGUACACCUUCCUCGAGCACGGCAUAAUCAUGCGUCUUUUGCCAUUCCGUUAGGACCUAAGGUCAAUCUUCCUGCUGGAUCAACAAAGCCGGGCUUGUCAUACGGGAGGUCGAAGGUUGACGACCUUCCGUCGUGGAGGAGGGUUGCUAUCUGUCCAUCUAUUCCGGAAAACAGCCCAGAUGGCGCCAGCGCAGGUGCUCUUGACACAAUCAGUUGCUCGCCUCCUCCUAACCCACCAGAACUUACCCCCGCUGCCCAAAGUGUAUUACCAUGCACCAACAAAGCGGAAGCCGUUUCGCAACGUCCGAGACCUCAACCAAAGAUGCCAGUGGGUUCUGCAGUAGCAUUUUAUCGUGAUAUCCCGUCCGACACAGCUAGUCGAGAGUUAAAGAAGCGUACGGUAUCCUUCACCGUCUUUAGCGAGCUGGACGAAAUACCGGCAUCUCCACAAAGUGAUCCGCCAAGCGCUCUAUUCUCUUCGGCCGUAGACUCAUCUGAAUCUGACAAAAGUUUUUAUACCAAGGAGACGGUUACAAUCAGUCGUGUUGUGAAUGGUCUUGGAAAAGAUACGAGCUCCCCAAGACUCGUUGUUUCAACGCAGCUGGACUCUAAGAGCUCGGAUGAAUCGGUUGACAGAAAUCUCAUCACUCCUGGAUCUACAUCAUACAGCACACCAUGGACGAAAUCCCCUUUGAGCUUUUCAUCUGCAAAGGAAUCUCCGGCGAGAGCACCAGAUCCCGAGCAUUUAAAAGCUGUAUGGUCGCAGCCCUCUGACAAGGCUUUAGUACAUGCAGUAAACUCCCUCGAGGGCAUUGCGGAUGAUCUUACUGCUCUACCGUUCACAUUGCAAGAUGUCAAGUCUGAAGAUGGAGAAACUCCCCCUCCUACUUCAGCAGCAAACGUUCCAUCCAAGAUGUCACUCCAUGAUGUCACACGUGCAUUCCAGCAAGUACCUACUUCAUCAAAUGCCGCUACGAGGAGCAGUAGUACGUUACCAUCUUCAUCUGUAGCCGGACCCAUCAGCCGUCCUUCCAAUUAUACAUAUAGUACUGUCCAUCCGCCAGGCAUGAGCGGCCGGCCCCCUUUUCCCUACUCGCCGAUGAUGGCCCACCCACCUAGUCCCACACCCCUCGUGUAUCCACCACCAAGCCCUGCUCCGCGCGGACCCAAUGGGCAUUCACCCAUGUUUGGUGGCGGCCAACCAAUAUGGGUGCCUCUUCCAUCCCAAAGCCACUCUGGUGCAGUGAGGCCGGUAACUUCGCCAUACCCUACGCAGCUGAUCGCAUAUCCCUCACCAAAUGGGGUUCCGUCGAUGUAUGGGCCUCCGCCUAUGCCACACGGCUCGCAGUCGCCACCACAGAUUAACGGAGCUGCCCAACCCCGCCCUCGCAAUAUGCCGGUGAUGAGUCCUGUGUUGCAUUCAGCGACUCCUUCACAUGCGAAUCAUUCAAUGUAUGCUGGGAGUCCUGUGAUGAUGCACGCUCUUCCUAUGAUGGCUCAUGGCCCCCAACCGUACAUGGCCGUUGCUGGCCGUGGACAAGGGCGUCCUGAUGGUAUGCCUCCGAUGCAGCAAUCACACUCUGCUCCUCAACCUUCGCACGCUACUAUGUAUAGUCCUGCACAACCUCUACCAUAUGGACGUCCGUCGUGGUGA